UUUACUAUUCCAAGUGAAUACAACAAUUCAAUAUGCAAGCUAAGAUCGUAAUUAUUGCUGUUGCUUUUGCUGUCGUCACCGCACGACCACAAGACGGCCAUGGUCAUGGUCAUGCCUAUUCAUCACAAAGCAUCGUGUUGCAUCAAAGCGGUCAUGAAAUUCAGCAUGUACCCGUACACCAUGAAGUCAAACCUGUUGUGCUUGUUCAUCAGCCCGUUCACCAUCAGGAAGCUCCCAAACAUGAGGAAAAUCAUGUAGAUUACUAUGCCAUCCCUAAAUACGCAUACGAGUACAAGAUCGAGGACCCGCACACGGGCGACAACAAGUAUCAGCACGAGACGCGCGACGGCGACGUCGUGAAGGGCGUGUACAGUCUGCACGAGCCCGACGGUACUGUCAGGAUCGUGGAGUACCACGCUGACAAGCAUAACGGUUUUAACGCAGUCGUGAAACGAGAAGGUCAUGCCAAACACAUCAUUCCUGAACAACAUCACAUUUAAAUUUGAUCUUUAGUAUAGAAAAACAAUUGUUAAUUUAAACUCUGUUAUGUUUAAUGUUGUAAAUAUACGUAGAUAAAAUCAUUAAAA